AACAGUCCUUCAUAUGACUGGUACCCACACGAAAACACUGCAAGGCGGGGGAAAUCAUAAUCACUGUCCGUGGUGGUGCUGCUGUUGCGAGGGAGAGGGAACCGCAUCUCCCGAUGUCUUCAGGCUGCCCGGAUCGUUUGUUUAUCUGCGGCUCCCGGUUUAUUCGUGUCAACCCCGGCCUUUCUCGGUCGAUAGAAUGAAAGGAUGGCCAAGCGGCGAGAUGCGGACGAGGAGAACGGAGAGCUGAUCGGCCCUGCUGCGGUCCAGCGAGAUGCGACGCUGUAUCCCGGGAUGGCUAAAAUGGACGGAAUGGAGGAAAGAGGGGGAAGUGAACUGUCUUUAGAGGAGAUUUUAAUGCUCUACAGCCAACCGAUAAAUGAAGAGCAGGCUUGGGCAGUGUGUUACCAAUGCUGCGUAAACCUGGCUCAGGGACAUAGGAAGAAUUCUGGCCCAGCUGCCGGUGCAUCAGUGGUGGAUACUGCGAAAAGGAUUGAGGGACCACGGGAUGUGAGAAUUCAGAAAGACGGAGCUGUCAAAUUACAAUAUGAAGGCUGUGAUGGUAAAUCCAUCCCAGCCACAUCAACAGAGGUGAUUGAGUCUCUGGGCAUCAUGAUCUACAAGGCGUUGGACUAUGGACUGAAGGAGAGCGAGGAGCGGGAGCUGAGCCCACCCCUGGAGCAGCUCAUAGACCUCAUGACCAACAUGGGCGAGGCUGAGAGAGACGCCUGCCCUGACGAAGGCUACGAGGCCACCGAGGAAGAGGAGGAGGCCGAAGACGACCCCAUCAACAUCUGUAAUGUCCGUGGCUACAGGGACAUCCUGAAGAUGUGUGUGUCUCACCUCCCCAGCCCUGGGGAUGCCCCCAGCCACUACCAGGCUGUGUGCCGUGCUCUCUACGCUGAGACCAGGGAGCUACGCUCAUUCCUGGAGAAGAUCAAGAGUGCCAAAGAGAAUCUUCGGAAGAUGGGUGGCGAGCCGUCUGAUGAUCCCAGCAGAGACCUAAAUGAGCUCCAGAAUGCAGACUGGGCUAAGUUCUGGAUGCAGGUGAUGGGAGACCUGCGGAACGGGGUGAAGCUGAAGAAGGUCCAGGAGCGCCAGUACAACCCUCUGGCCAUCGAGUUCCAGCUCACGCCCUACGAGAUGCUCAUGGAUGACAUCCGCUCCAAACGCUACAAACUACGCAAGGUCAUGGUAAACAACGACAUACCACCAAGGUUGAAGAAGAGUGCCCAUGAGGUCAUCCUAGACUUCAUCCGGUCCAGACCUCCUCUCAACCCUGCAGCAGCCAGGAAGCUGAAGCCCCAGCCCCAGGUUCCUCCCACCCUGCACGAGAGGAUCCUGGAUGAGAUCAAAUCUGAGAGGAAACUGAGACCUGUCUCUCCUGAUGUGAUCCGCAGGAGCAGGCUGGGUGGAGGCAUAUACUACAGCACUCCACAGUUGAUCCUUACACGUCAAGAUGUGUCCAGCCCUGAUGGCCGCAGGAAGACUACUAGCACCAUGACCCUCAGCAGUCUGUCCAAUGGGAGUCCAGGGACACCAGGGGGUGGAGCCCAGGCCUUAUGUCAGAGGAAGAGGCUGAAAGCGCCUACUUUGUCAGAACUGGACAGCUCCGACUCUGACGAUGACAUCACCAUUGGGGGUCGAAGGUCAGCCAGUAGCUCCAGUGUCUCUACAUCGGUGGUCGAUGACACAUCUCCAGAGUCUGUACUGGGCAGGAAGACUCCACCCAUGUUCCUGCCCAUCUCCUCCACCCCACAGCCUGAGAGAAGGCAGGCCCCCCAGAGGAGACACUCCAUUGAGAAGGAAACACCCACCAAUGUACGGCAGUUCAUACCCCCAUCCAGACAGAGCUCCAAGUCUCUGGAGGAGUUCUGUUUCCCAGUAGAGUGCUUGUCCCUGACGGUGGAAGAGGUGAUGCACAUCAGACAGGUGCUGGUCAAAGCAGACCUGGAGAAGUUCCAACAGUACAAGGACGUGUACAACGCUAUGAAGAAGGGAAAGCUUUGCUUCUGUUGCCGAUCCAAAAGGUUUUCCUUGUUCACCUGGUCCUACACCUGCCAGUUCUGCAAAAGGCCUGUGUGUUCACAGUGCUGUCAAAAAAUGAGGCUGCCCUCCAAGCCCUAUGCCAACCUGCCCAUAUAUUCCCUGGGCUCUACCACCACUCUACCCAGGGACCGGGUAGCAGCCCUGGGGAAAGCUGCCAGUAUAGCUGGUCCAUCAGCCACCCCAACAGCAGCAGCAAUUUCAGCAGGAAAAGGAAAAGCAACAGUUAAAGCAGCAGCCUCAGCAGCAGCAGCAGGACCAAGCAGAGCAGCAGCAGCAGGACAAAGCAGAGCAGCAGCAGCCCCCAAGCCUGAGAAACCCUCUACCAGCCACCACCACCUCAGCCUUCAGAAGACCAUGUCCAAGUUGUCUAAACACAGUAGUCUGGAGAAGUCCCAGUCCCGGGAUGAGGUGGAGCUCCCAGCGGAGCUGACGGAGGACUGGAGCACCAUGGAAGUGUGCGUGGACUGCAAGAAGUUCAUCCACGACAUCAUCUCCUCCAGCAAGCACAGCCUCUCCCUGGCCACCAAGCGGGCACGCUUAAAACGCAAGACCCAGUCCUUCUACAUGUCGUCUCCCAAGGGAGCUGAUUACCGACCCUCGGAAAGAACAAUCAACGAGGUCUAGACUCUCCCCUCGUCCUUGUCUACCUUCUCCACUGUCUUCUAGCUGCUCCCAGAACUUAUGGCACAAUACAGAACUCUGAGUGACUGGGUUUUGAGCUGGAUGACCGUGCUGCGAUCCGACCUAUACCAGUAGACGUGUCUAGUUUAGUCUGUCUGUCGAUGCUGUCAGAGCGGGCUGUGGACCUUUACUUUUCCUUGGAGAUAUGUGGACUGUGUAGUCAGUGCUGGUUGCCAUGUCCUCUGAUCGUCACAUACAGUACGAGUACUUUCAGACAAAAGGAUACUAGUCCAUUUUUAUACAAUAUUUUGCUCAGUAAUGUAAAUGUUCCCGUAAUGUUCUGCCAUAGAGAGGUGGUUAAGGACACUGAAUGAUCAAAUGUAAAGUAUGAGGUGGUGUAAAGAUUCAAAGCGGUAUGGCCUCAGUCACCCCCUAUACUGUGGUAGGAGCUACUCGCCCACAGAAAAAUCAAUGAGCACAAGGCAAAAUAACGCUCCAUGUUUGAGUUCCUCAGGCUGUACUAUUCAUUACAUUACAUUACAUUUAAGUCAUUUAGCAGACGCUCUUAUCCAGAGCGACUUACAAAUUGGUGCAUUCACCUUAUGACAUCCAGUGGAACAACCACUUUACAAUAGUGCAUCUAAAU